UCUGGUGAACCGGGACACCAGCGCGGCGCGGCUGGACCUCCGUUGGCGGCGGAUCGACCCCGGACGGCAGCGCAAGGGCCUACACAUUGUGCUGACCACCACUGUCAUCAAUGGGGAGCAGCGAAACCCUCCAGGAUGUAAUGUGUGAGUUUCGUGCUGGGAAGAUGUCUCUUGAGGGAACACGUGUGGUCCCAGACACACGCAAGGGGCUUGUUCGUAUUGGAAGGGGUGAAGAAGGCUUGAUUCAUUUUCAAUGGCUUGACCGUGGACAAAACUUUGCUGAAGAUGAUCAAAUUGUCUUCCCUGAUGAGGCUGUCUUUGAAAAGGUUACGGCAUCUUCUGGAAGGGUGUACAUCUUGAAGUUCAAGCACGAUGACAGGAAAAUUUUCCUAUGGAUGCAGGAGCCAAAUGCUGACGGGGACUCACAAAUAUGCCGCCAAGUUAAUGCCUACAUAAAUCGACCCAUGGAUGCGGAUGCAGUUUCUAUUGAAGCAGAAAUGUCACAUGAAGAUACAGCUGAUGAUGACAUCUCUUCCAGAGCUGGGAAUUUAGUUGAUCAGAGCAUGACCUCUGAUUUGGCUGGUGAAGUGACGUCUGCCGCUGGACCUGUAAGAUUGUCAGACCUGCAGAGAAUAUUGAGCGCUAUACAACCAUCAGAUGGUAUGGCAGAUCCUGAUGUUGGAUUAGGACUAGGAGACAUCUUGAAGCCUGACUUGGUAUUGCCACUGAUUGAAUCUUUGCCCAUUGAGCAGUUGGCAUCACAUCUUCCUGAGGGAUCAUGGACUGCAGGUGAUAUUCUUGAACUACUGCAAAGUCCUCCUUUACGGCAGCAACUAGAUGCUUUUACGCAUGUGCUACGAACUGGCCAAAUAGAUCUUGCUCAAUUUGGAGUGGACCCUAGUAAAUAUAAAUUCACAGUUGCUUCAUUCCUCGAGGCAUUGGAAGACUCUGUGGCAAAGGCUCGUGAGGGUGGAGACAAGGAUUCGGAGCCCAAGAGAGGUGGUGAAAAUGAUCCAAUGGACGAAAGUUGAUUGUGCAGCGCAUCUUGGCUCGUGUUUGGUGGAAAUUAUGGCGUUUGCAAAGAAGCAGGACGUUUUGUUUCGGCACCCCCUCAAAAUCUCUAUACUAGUUUGGCUGGGAAUUACUACUAGAUACUAUACCAGUUGCUUCCACAGGUUCCAGUUGAUUCCAUUGUGUGACAUGCGUAUCCUGAAAUGCUUCCCGUAGUUCCAGUUGUUAUAAUGCGUGACAUGAAUAUUCAGAAAAGUUCUUAUGUAGGUUCCAGUUCGUACCA